CCCUGGGGCGAGACCACCUGGAUCUACCACGAUGGCGAGGACACCAAAAUGAUCGUGGGCGAGGAGAAGAAGUUCCUGCUGCCCUUCUGGCUGCAGGUCAUCUUCAUCUCACUGCUGCUCUGCCUUUCGGGCAUGUUCAGCGGCCUCAACCUGGGCCUCAUGGCCCUGGACCCCAUGGAGCUGCGCAUCGUGCAGAACUGCGGCACGGACAAGGAGAAGAACUACGCCAAGCGCAUCGAGCCCGUGCGCCGCCAGGGCAACUACCUACUGUGCUCCCUCUUGCUGGGCAAUGUCCUGGUCAACACUACGCUCACCAUCCUGCUGGACGACAUUGCCGGCUCUGGGCUGGUGGCCGUGGUGGUCUCCACCAUCGGUAUCGUCAUCUUCGGCGAGAUCGUGCCGCAGGCCAUUUGCUCUCGGCACGGCCUGGCCGUGGGCGCCAACACCAUCUUCCUCACUAAAUUUUUCAUGAUGAUGACCUUUCCGGCCUCCUACCCAGUCAGCAAGCUGCUGGACUGCGUCCUGGGCCAGGAGAUCGGCACGGUCUACAACCGUGAGAAGUUGCUGGAGAUGCUGCGGGUCACCGACCCUUAUAACGACCUAGUUAAAGAGGAGCUCAACAUUAUCCAGGGAGCCCUGGAGCUGCGCACCAAGACGGUGGAGGAUGUGAUGACUCCACUCCGAGACUGUUUCAUGAUCGCUGCUGAGGCUGUGCUGGACUUCAACACUAUGUCUGAGAUCAUGGAGAGUGGCUAUACCCGCAUCCCAGUGUUUGAGGGUGACCGCUCCAACAUUGUGGACCUGCUCUUCGUUAAGGACCUGGCUUUUGUGGACCCUGACGACUGCACCCCGCUCAAGACCAUCACCCGCUUCUACAAUCACCCGCUGCACUUUGUCUUCAAUGACACUAAGCUCGAUGCCAUGCUGGAGGAGUUCAAGAAAGGUGGGACAUGCUGGUGA